GCUGUCGAAUAGGUCUGCUCGACACCCGAAUGAGGAAAUACCAACAAGCAAGUUACAACCAUAGAAACUACAUUAAACGCAAGAACAGUAAUAACUACACUGUUUCCUAACUUUAAUGUCUCUCAAAGACAACCGCUUGACUGAUGCUUUCAAAGUAGAGGUCCAACUUUCUAGAAUUGACUAAGAUCUUACUUCCAUUGGAGCUACUCUUCACUACCAGAUGGCAUACAGACUCCAAGAUCACGCUCUAGAUCUUUCUUUGCCAAUAGCUGAAGACGCCUUACUGGUCUUGGUAGACUCUACCCAAGUUCCAACAUGCACUCAUAUUCCAAGGAAAAUCUCUACAGAUGAUCUUAUGAAGAUUUUGCCCAAUUCAUGGAUAACAAACUAUGAGAUGCUCCAUCAACCUCAAAAAUUUGUCCAGACUCUUACUGAACCAUCUUAUCACAAGAAAGAAGAUGCCUCUGUCGAAAUAAUCUUUGACAAAAUUCAAACAAAGACUCCCAGUUGCUUUACCACCCAGUAUAUGAUGGCCUCUAUCACACCAGCUCAUGUGGAAAUCCAAUCCUUUGAUUCUCAAGGUAGCCCUAUUUAUGCUUUCGAAUCUUUGGAUGGACAUAAAUGUUGGGAUGUUUGCAACUACAAAAGCUGCCUAAAAAUAGAAGAAGACCUCCCAAAGCAAAAGCGACGUCCUAACUCAGGAAAACGACUUGAGCAACAACUAAAUCAAGAAGAAAAAGGAAUAGGAUUGUUAGGCGAACCCUCUGGAAAGUUUGACUAUAUAGUUAAAUAUUCUGCUCCCAAAGACUUACCUGACUCUCUUCCAGAACCAACUAGAUGGGACAUUGAGCUUCCUCCAACCGGCUCCCAAGAGCCUCCACUUUCGGCUCCUCAACAAAACGUUUUUCCAUGCUAUAAAAAAACAGCAAAAUGGAUGCAACAUCAUGGAGAAGCUUUUCCUGCUCAAAAUCAAUUCCAACAAAUUCCACAAGUAUGUAUGAUGACUACUACUGAUUAUGAGUCAGAUUUUCCUCCUCUCAAGAGAUUUGAUAAACAAGACGACCACGGUACGGUCUCUCACCAACCAAAGGUUCAAAACCCCACAACCAAGAACGCGAAUGAGUCUUUCAAAAAAGUUUCUCCGGCCGAAGAAGUUCUCAACUGGCAAUGAGAAAAUAUGAUUGCCCAAAACAAUGUCUUAAAGCAAGUCGAGUUACAAAAUACCAGAAUAGAGACGGCAGUAAAACAAUCUCAGACUACUGUCAUCAAUAAACUCACUGCAAAGAUCCAACAAACUCAUGAAGAGUUUCUAGCCAUCAUCAAAGCAAACUCAGUCCCGAUGCCAGUAUUCCUGGCAAAAGAAGCCGAGAUGAAGUCCCGAUGUCCAUUUGGACUUGGUAAGCUGGUUUGAACCUUUCUUGGUCCAAGAAUGAUUUUAAGGCUCUUCAUCUCGGCUUCUUUUGCCAGGAAUACUGGCCUCGGGACUGAGUUUGCUUUGAUGAUGGCUAGAAGCUCUUCAUGAGUUUGUUGGAUCUUUGCAGUAAGUUUAUCGAUGACAAUAGUCUGAGAUUGUUUUACUGCUGUCUCUAUUCUAGUAUUUUGUAACUCGACUUGCUUUAAGACCUUGUUUGGGGCAAUCAUAUUUUCUCAUUGCCAGUUGAGAACUUCUUCGGCCAGAGAUACUUUUUUGAGAGACCCGUCCGUGUUCCUGGUUGUGAGGUUUUGAACAUUUAGUUGGUGAAAGACCAUACCUUGGUCGUCUUGUUUAUCAAAUCUCUUGAGAGGAGGAAAAUCCGACUCAUAAUCAGUAGUAGGGGUGAGCAUCGGUCGGUUUGGGCGGUUUUUUCACAACAAAAAAUCCAGAAUUCGGUUUUCGGUCCGGAUUGGUGCAAUCCAAAAACCGACCGAACCAAACCAGUUUAAAAAAAAACCGACCGUUUUGGACCGCGGUUUGGUCGGUUAAACCGAAUUGAUUAUUGUUUUUUUUUUUUUUUGAAAGUUUUAAUUAAAAAUUUUGGAUUGUUGGAAUUCAUUUUUGUGCAUUUUUAAAACAUAAAUAUAUAGAACAUAAUUACAUUUACAAAUUUUAAAGUUUGAAACAUAAUUAAAAGUACAAAUUUUAAUAAUUAAUAAUUAUAUAUUAUUAUUUUAUUAAGUUCGGUCGGUUUCGAUUUUAUUGGUCGGUUCACCCAAAAUUUCAAAACCGACCGAACAGUGGCAGUUUGCACCGUCGGCGGUUUUUUCGGUUUUCGGUUUAAACGGUUUUGGUUUUUUCGGUGUUCGGUAGGUCGGUGUACACGGUUUUUUCGGUUUUUCAGAUUUUAUGCUCAGCCCUAAUCAGUAGUAGUCAUCAUACAUACUUGUGGAAUUGAUUUUGAGCAGGAAAAACUUCUCCAUGAUGUUGCAUCCAUUUUGCUGCUUUUUUGUAGCAUGGCAAAACGUUCUGUUGAGGAGCCGAAAGUUGAGACUCUUGGGAGCCUGUUGGAGGAAGCUCAAUGUCUCAUCUAGUUGAUCCUAGAGGAGAUUCAGCUGUUGCUUAAGUCGUUUUCCUGAGCAAUGAGGUCUUCUUCUAUUUUUAAGCAGCUUUUGCAGUUGCAAACAUCCCAAUACUUAUGUCCAUCUGAAUUUUCGAAGGCAUAUAUAGGGAUGCCUUGAGAAUCAAAUGAUUGGAUUUCCACAUCAGCUGGUGUGACAGAGGCCAUCAUAUACUGGGUGAUAAAGCAAUUGUGAGUCUUUGUUUGAGUUCUGUCAAAGAUUAUUUCGACAGAGUCAUCUUCUUUCUUGUGAUAAGAUGGUUUAGUAAGAGUCUGGACAACUUUUUGAGGUUGAUGGAGCAUCUCAUAGUUUGUUAUCCAUGAACUGGGCAAAAUCUUCAUAAGAUCAUCUGUAGAGAUUUGCCUUGGAAUAUGAGUGCAUGUUGGAACUUGGGUAGAGUCUAUUGAGACCAGUAAUGCUUCUUCAGCUGUUGGAGUCUAUAUGCCAUCUGGUAGUGAAGAGUAGCUCCAAUGGAAGUAAGAUCUUGGUCAAUUGCAGAAAGUUGGACCUCUACUUUGAAAGCGGUUGUCUUUGAGAGACAUAUUAAAGUUAGGAAACAGUGUAGUUAUUAAUGUUCAUGCGUUUAAUGUAGUUUCUAUGCUUGCUUGAUGGUAUAUCCUCAUUCGGGUGUCGAGCAGACCCGUUCGACAGCCGAUUGGAAGGCCCUUUCGGCCAUGAAGGGAAAUAGCUAAGCGAAUGGCACCAAAAUGAAUAUGGGUGAAUCCUUGCACAAUCCACUCGGGAAUAAAUUCAGGAGGGAUUUGUAAAGUAACGAAUUGGACCUCAGGAGUAGGUCUCAAUUGACACUCGCUGAAUUUAGAAGCUUGGAUAUAUUCUUUUGGGGCUUUGUAGGAUGGUUUGAUGAGUGCUUUAAUGGACCGGGUAAAAUGAGUAAUGAAUUUUGGGAAGAUUUGGUAUGAGUUAAUCAAAGGAAGGUUGUUAUUGGUAAUCUUGUUUUCUUCAGGAACAGAUGAUAGUUCAUAAAGAAAGUCAAGGUUGUUGGUUGUGGACUUACGGAAAGAUGGAGAAGGAGUAAGUGACAAUGGUGAUAUUAUAGGGGCACUAGAACUUGUAGAUGAGGUUUUGUUUGCCAUGAUCUGAAAUAGAGAUUCGUCUGUAGGAUAGGAUGAAGUAUGACUCUAGUACCAUUAAGUAUGGCUAGGAUAGGAUGAGGUUUCGUUUGUUAUGUAUUGCUGAAUUUGUCACUUCAUCUUGAAAUGAGACCGAUUUCGAGUUAGCCACAAUUAUAUUAGAUAGGGUAAGUGGCUGCACCGGUGCAACAUUUUUAUAUUUCUUACACUUUGAUUUUUUUUUUUUUCCAAUUUUUUUAUAUGAUGUUAUACAUUGUAAUCAUUAAAAACAUCUUGCAAAUUUAAGAAAUUCUGAAUAAUUUACGGUGCCAAAAAUAAAAAUUUAACAGCUGAAUUUUACACGUUUAUACCAAAAAAUAAGCACGAGUGCAACACAUUGUUUUCGGCACUGUAAUUUAUUCAUAAUUUUUUGGAAAUUUGUAGAAUGUCUUAAAUGUUACAAUAUAUACGAUUAUAUAAAAAAUUAUUGAAGUGUAGAAAAUAAUCCAAAAACAAAAACUGGCUGUACCAGUACAGCCAAAAAAGUAUCCACACCGUAGUCAUCCCCAUCCUAGAUAUACUUGUAUUAUGCAUACGAGAUCUUUGUUUGUUGUGCACUUGUGCUUUGGAGGUUUUACGAGUGUCCUUGCUUUGCAAGACAGUGGGUAUUGUUCUAAUGAUACAUUAAGAAAAUAUUGGAGACCCAAGGUGUGAUUUAUUUAUUUUU